AACUACAAGUCGGAAGGUCAAGUGAGAUUUCACCAAAAACGUCGAACAGAUUUCAUGGAUAUAAGAACUGUUUCAAAUAAGAACGGCCUGCCGCCAACGAACAUAAAAAUAUUCAUAUGGCGUUAUAAUAUUUGCAAGCAC